UUUCACUUACCAAAGGGUUAAUUGUCACAUGUGCCUCUUGCGGUGGGUAGGGAUGAGCUGCAGCAUUUGUUCAUCUUUGUUCAUCGGACUGUGCAUCAGCGCAUCCUGCGGUUUGAGGAACGGGCCUCAGCUGGGUGAAGAGAGCGUGAGGCAGCGCAGGGGUAACCCUCCUUUCAGGAAUACACCGCUGCCUCCUGAGGAGGGGGUGAAGGGGGUGCAGCAGAGCAGGCUGCAAGUGGUGGACUGUAGGUGUGUGCAUGGCAUCUCUUCUAGCUGUGGCUCUCAGCAUGGGGACCCUCUUCAGUGUGGUCCAGCGGCGCUGUAAGCGGAGGAGGAAGAAACGAUCGGAGCGGAAAGACAGAAGCAGUCUCCGCCAGCCAAGAAACGAGCAAAAAUCUUUCACAAUGGAUGUAGACGAUGAAGAAAACAUGAGUUCGAGCAGCACCGAUGUUAAAGAAAACCGCAACGUGGACAACGUUCCCCCCAAGGACGGCGGUGGGCAAGGCGCCGGGGAGGGGGCGCAGCUCUCCAAUGGUGGUGGCAGCAGCAGCAGAAAGCGUCCUUUGGAGGAGGGCAACAAUGGCCACUCCAAAUUUCGCCCGAAGAAGAGGAAGAAAACGCCCGGCCCUGUUCUGCCAAAGAAUGCCCUGAUGCAACUUAAUGAGAUUAAACCCGGUUUACAGUACAAACUCCUGUCCCAGACGGGGCCGGUCCAUGCCCCCAUGUUCGUGAUGGCAGUUGAAGUCAAUGGGCAGGUAUUUGAGGGGUCUGGCCCGACGAAAAAGAAAGCCAAGCUUCACGCUGCUGAGAAGGCUCUGCGGUCUUUUGUCCAGUUUCCAAAUGCCUCGGAAGCCCACCUGGCAAUGGGGAGGACUCUGUCGGUCAACACAGACUUCACUUCCGACCAAGCGGACUUCCCCGACACCCUUUUCAAUGGGUUUGAAACGCCAGUUCCUUCCGAUACUUCCUUUUACCUAGGGUCCAACGGGGACGGGUCCUUUAGCUCUAGUGGGGACUACGGUUUGCCAUCGUCUGCCGUAGCCAGCAGCCUUUCCCAGUCGCCUCUCCCUGUGCCAUCGCCCUACCCCUCUGCCAGCGGGAAGAACCCUGUCAUGAUCCUCAACGAGCUGCGACCGGGACUGAAGUACGAGUUUCUCUCAGAGAGCGGGGAGAGCCACGCAAAAAACUUUGUCAUGGCUGUGGCAGUGGAUGGUCAGACUUUUGAAGGCUCGGGAAGGAAUAAAAAGCUGGCAAAAGCUCGGGCCGCUCAGUCAGCCCUAGCAUCCUUGUUUAACAUGCAGCUGGACCAGACCCCGUCUCGACAGCCCAUUCCCAGCGAGGGGCUCCAGUUACACUUGCCACAGGUUUUAGCUGAUGCUGUUGCACGCUUGGUUGUAGAUAAAUUCAGUGAUUUGACAGAAAAUUUCACAUCUCCACACGCACGUAGAAAAGUCCUUGCUGGAAUUGUCAUGACAACAGGUACAGAUGUGAAAGAUGCCCUGGUAAUAAGUGUUUCCACAGGAACAAAAUGCAUCAAUGGUGAAUACAUGAGUGAUCGUGGUCUUGCAUUAAAUGAUUGCCAUGCAGAAAUUAUAUCUCGCCGGUGCCUGCUUAAAUUUCUGUAUACACAACUUGAGCUUUAUCUAAGCAAUAAAGAAGAUCAACAAAAAUCCAUUUUUAUCAAAUCGGAACGAGGCGGGUUUAAGCUGAAGGAGAAUGUGCAGUUUCAUCUCUAUAUCAGCACAUCUCCUUGUGGGGACGCUAGGAUUUUCUCACCACACGAAGCAGCACAAGAGGAUCAGGGGGACAGGCAUCCAAACCGCAAAGCAAGAGGACAGCUACGGACAAAAAUAGAAUCUGGGGAAGGGACCAUCCCCGUACGCUCUACUACCACUAUCCAGACGUGGGAUGGCGUAUUGCAAGGAGAAAGGCUACUUACCAUGUCCUGCAGUGACAAGAUAGCAAGGUGGAACGUAUUGGGUAUUCAAGGAGCCUUACUUAGCCUCUUUGUGGAGCCAAUUUACUUCUCUAGCAUCAUCUUGGGGAGUUUAUAUCAUGGGGAUCAUCUAUCCAGAGCCGUAUACCAGAGGAUAGCAGAGAUAGAAGAUCUACCACCUCUUUAUACACUCAACAGACCUUUACUUAGUGGUAUUAGCAAUGCAGAAGCCCGUCAACCAGGGAAAGCACCGAACUUCAGUGUGAACUGGACAGUAGGAGACACUGGUCUAGAAGUUAUUAAUGCUACAACUGGCAAAGAUGAAAUGGGUCGUGCAUCUCGCCUUUGUAAGCAUGCUUUUUACAGCCGCUGGAUGCGUAUUCAUGCAAAGCUUUCCUCCAGCUUGCGCUCAAAGAUCCUCAAGCCUAACCUGUACCACGAAACCAAGCAAGGAGCCACUGAGUAUCAAACUGCCAAAGAGUGUUUGUUUAAAGCAUUCCUGAAGGCAGGACUUGGAGCCUGGGUGGAGAAACCCAUAGAACAGGAUCAGUUUUCUCUCACGGUCUAAUUCACAGACUGCACAUCACUUUGGAAAGGGAGUUGUUCUGGAAAUUCCUGGUGUCCAGCACUGCUUUCUGGCAUCUCCACAGUGGUCAAAACAUCUUUUUACUGUUUGGAGUUGGGUUUUUUUCCCUUUGGUUUUUUUUUUUUUUUUUGAAACUUCAUAGUAACUGUUUCUGUUUUGCCUAAGUAUUGAAACUCAAUGAUCUGACACAUAAUUGUAUAUUUUGUUAUGGGAAAGUAAUUUCUGGUGUAUUUCUAGAAAUACUUUUACUGUAGAAAACUAGCAGUAAGGCUGUCCUUACACUAUACAAUGACUCAUUUUUUCUGGGUUAAAAUAAUUUCUUUUUUUAAUUCAGUGUCAUCAAGUGCGUGAAGAAAUGAAAGUUUCUCUAGGUUUUACACCACACUUUUAGGAAGUAGCUUAAUUUUUUUAAAAGAAAAUAGGCGACAAAGCUGAUUCUACUCCUCUGUUAACUUGUUUUUGAACUGCAGAUAUUUCUAUCAUAUAGAUCACAGAGCCAGAGUGGAGUCUGGACAGCUAGUUUUUCCCCACUUCCUUGCUCUUUAAAACCAGCUGCUGAAAAUUUCAUGUCUUUGAUGUAUGUAUUUAUUAGUCUGUGACCCAGUUUUUAACAUGCAGCUUUUUAUUCUGUUUUUAAAAAUACAUUUACCUCCCAUUUACACACAUUGUGAAGUCUUCAUUUUUUUUUACCAUUGUAAACUGGAAACAGCAAAAUAAUUAUUUGUAAGUUAAGAAGUUUAGUCUAUAACAUGCAGAAACCUGUUUAGAAGUAGGUGAUUUGUAUAUCCCAGGAACUCAUCAGAAUACAAUCGUAACUGUAACAGUAAUAUGACAACUUUAAAUUGCUCAUUUUAAGGGCACUAAGCCUGAAUUGCCAAAACCAGUCACUUGCUGGGUAUUAAUUGCUCUCCUGUCAGAAAUGAAAAGCUCUUGUACGGACAAAAAGUUGUUACAACUUCUUUCCUGUGAGCUCUAUCUGCUUUCACCCAAAUUGUUGUGUCUCUGAGAUUUCAUUGCGGUUUAGCUUUACGUGUGUGAUGGUCUUCAUGAAACUAACUAGGUAAGUUGCUCUCAAACAUGCUUUCAUUUGCUGUGAUGAUUACUUAGAAAGGUGUUUUUCCUGAAGGUGUUGACACUUCUGCUUUAUGUAAAAAUAUAAGAUAGAAGGGGGAAAUGUUGUGAGAUCAGUUUAAUUAACUGGUGUGUAGAAGGCAUUUUUAAAAACACUUUUUAGUACGUGACAUUUAGGAGCAGAUGAGCCAGUGUCCGGUGUCGCUUCUCUGCUCACAUGGCGUGCGUCCAAACACGUCCCUUGGCUCAUGCCCAUCCAGGUAUCACCUGUGCUUUCCGAAGAGCAUCUCCGAGAUCUUCCAUGUUCCCUUUGCGAGUAUGAAGGUGAUGCUUCAUGACACGAGAGUUUGCCUGACAAAACCAAGUUGGUGCACCCACUGCUCCAGCUGCUGGUUCCCGUCCCUCCGCUCCACCGCCCCUUGCCUAUGCUCACAGGACAGCAGAUCAGCGGGCUGGUCCGUGCUUUGAAGUCAAACCAAGGGUUACUUUUUUAGACCCACAUUGGGUCAGAGAUCCCGUUUAGAGUUGUGCCAUCGCACCCGCGGAGGCUGUGGAGUGGAGCGUGGGUUCCUUCAGCCAGCUUCACGGCCAAAGCCUGUGUAUCACAAAGCUGUGACUGGAGCGAACUGUACCUCAGCCCCAGCAUCUCCAGGGGGUUAGAAAACACUUGGGGGGUGCUGGAGACUUUGAUGUCAAACCACUUCUGGCCAAUCGCCAAUGCCAAGGAGAUGUGCUGCUGUGUUACUGCUCAAGUAGGAACAUGUUUUCAACUUCAAAAAAUGAUCAAGCUCACAAAUUACUUGUGCAUUAGUUGAAACCUCUGGGUUAGUGUCUCAGAAGUAACGCAUUGAGGUGCAAACAAUGCGGUUUUGGUGGUAUUGUGGGUAAUAGCGAGCACUGCUCUGGGAAGGCGAGCAAGUUUGUGGCCUGGUGAUCCCCUUGGAAAAGUCUGAUGCUUCCAGAGGUUACUGCCUUUUCCAGAUGCCGGAGGAACAAAUGUUGCAAGCUGCAAUAGACAGGCGGUGUUAUUCAGCUUUGUUGGUGACUUAAGCUAUCCUGUCGGCUUCUCAUUGAACCCAAAAGUGCUGCCAUGGCCUCUGCAAGCCCGACAAGGCUUUAGCGGUUGUCAUCUGACUGAGGCUUAGGCUGACCUAUUCGAAAACUAAAAGGCAUUUAAUUGUGUGUGGUCAGAUUUUACAAGCGCUCAGGCAUCUUGCCUUUGAGAUCAACCUUGUCUCGCUCGUGUUGCAGAAAUUCUGUUUGUGGCUGUAGCUGAGGACGUGCAUAUGUUUCUGCAGGAUCGAGGGAAAGCUGGUUGUACCGUGCGCGUUUCCUUGAGAUCAUUACUGCUGUUAGAGGAAAUACACUCUUUUAAGGGGCUCAGUCUAUUGAUUAAUGGAGUCUGUUGAUAAUUUCCAGCAAAUUAUUUUUACCCAUCUUUCUGAAGUGCUCAUUCAAAAGUUGGUGUCUCUCUGGGUUUUUUUGAUGACUAGGAAAGUAUUAGCUCAAACUAUUUUUUUUAUGAAGUCACAAAUAUGAGCAAUAUAUUUAAGUAUUAUUAUUAUAGACAUAGUUUUUUAAGCCGUUUGAAUGAACGAUAAAAAUUAAACUGUAAAGAAAAUACGUUCCAUGCCAAAACCUUUUGAUGAAGGAAUGGUGUCAGGUCAUUUAUGAGGAAUGAGUUCUCUUGUUUAUAAUUCCAGGAUUUCAAAAAAGGAAGAAGUUUUCCAGGGUUGUAUGCAAUCCAUAUCUGUCUUCCGGGAGUCAAUAAAACACCGCUUGGCUUCCUUCGCCUGCUUGUUACUUUUUGUGCAGUUCAAUGUGCACAAGUUGGGAAGGGAGUUGGGAGGCAGAGUUGCGAUUGCUGCCGCUCCCGUACUCCUCACAAAUCACCCUCACCGAGCACGAACGGAUAGCGAUGUAUAUAAUUUUAAGCAACUGCGAAAGAUAAGACAACUCAGGUUCUGGCAGCUGCCCAGUGUUGUGACCGACCUUUCUGUCGGGAGCUGCGCGUCUGCCCGGCGGGUUGGGGGGCUGGAAAGCCUGGGCUGGGGGGGUGGAAGCUGGCCUGCACAGGGACUUGCAAUGCUGCUCUGGGAGCUGCUUGGCUUCUUUUAAUUAUUAUUAUUAUUUUGUCCUUAUUUUUGAUUGACUAUGAGUGUUUGUCUCAGGAUCUUCAAAGGACUUAAAGAGUAACAACUUUAAUGUUGAUGAAUACUUGAAAUCUAAUUUAAGGUGUUUUUCUCCAGAUGACAGUCUAGCUAUAAUAAAGUUUGUAGGUUAGUAAAAUAGAUAAUUUUAAAUAUAGAUGUUUGAAAUAUAUAUGUUCUGCAGGAUCGUUUUAAGAAAAUUUGGGCCUAAAAGCUAACACUUGAAAUAUCGAUUAUGGCUGUACUCAGGACCUGGUAAUAACUAUAGAUUAUUUCUUACCACUUGUAUGUGAAGUGUAUCGUGUGUAGGAGCUCAUUAGCGACCGUUCUCCCCCAACGGCGUAGAUGUCUGCAUAGCUGUGGUGGCCCCCGCUUGCCCUCGUGUAGCUGGUGAUGGUAAUUGUGACUCUGCGUGCUUAGGGGUGUACAGCAGCGGGGUUCCCGUACAGCUGGCAAUUGCGAUCUCGUCUUAGAGAAAUCUUUUUGUGACCGGUUACUGCAUAGGAAACUCAGGAGUAGAAGACUUUCGUGUGUUAUUACUCUGUACAUCCUCUAAAUCUAGAAUAACUUGCAGCUGAAAGUCUAAGGAUCUUGGAGUGGGUGUUGCAUUUCAUCAGUCCGGGUCUGUGCUAUCUCAGAGUGCCGGCUGCCCAAGGGGCAAAACCACGUCUCAUCCUGCUCUCUCAGUGAGAAAGCGCAUGAGACAAAGCUGUGGGCUCGGAGCGCUGGGUAGCACGAAGCAGUGUGUGUCUCGCGGAAGACGAGUGCCGCCUUUUGAAACCAAGCUGUCUUUUUAAAAAUAACCACCCAGGAACUGAGAAUCAAUUCUAAGAAUUGCUUAGUCGUGGUCACCACAUAAUUGAUAUAUAUAUUUUUUUUCUUUUUUCUUAAAUAUCAGUGGUUUUCUAAAUAGCUAAGAUUAUUCUUGCCAUUCCUUCAAUUAAGCUUUAAUGCUUGGAAGGCUCGUGCUUGUAGAGAAGCUGCACUUGGAAUUCUUUGCAUUUUUAUCAUCAUAAACUGUCCACUGUGAAAAUUAUCCCAAAGUUUACCAAAAAGGAAGAAGAGCUGCAGUUCAGGUAUACAGUCAGAACAAAAAUGUCUAAUGUUAUUUAAAACCUAAACCCCCACAGAAAUAAAACGUAUAAAAUACAAUUAUCCUGUCUCAGAACUGCCGUGUGGUUUCUAUCUUUGGGGUGUUUUUCUAAUACUAAGUGAUUUCCAUUGAGUUUAAAAGAUCACGUCUUUGUUCAGCGCGCUCCUGUUGGGAGAGGAGUUGAUGUUUAACCCAGGGUUACCUGGAGGUGACGGAGGCACAGUAGUGAAAAGGGACAUGUUGUGGCUUGUGGAAGGGAUGCUGAGCACAGUGCCACGGGGCAGGGCCCCGCUGCACCCCAGCACGGUGGCCGGGGCUUGGUCCCUGUCCCGCCAGGGGCUCGGGCCGGUGCUGAUGCUGAGGCAGCAUCUGGCUGCAGCAGGAGGAGGAAGGGAGAGAAAUUGAAAUUGCCGGUUUCUUUGGUUCCUAAAGCAGAAAUGAUGGUGUGGGAUGGGAUUCCUGCUCCCUCCCGCUGAAGAGGCCCUUGGGCAGGAGACGGGGAGUACGGGCCAAACGAACUGGCCGCUCGGCAGCAGCGGCUCCUCCCAGCCACGGCCUUUCCCAGAGAUGUGGCAGCACAGGCGGCCCCAGCUGUGUGGAAAUCUGUUAGCGUGCAUUGAGCUCGCCGCCCAUCCCUGAUGGAAACAACUGCUCUGGAGUAUCCGCAGCGAUUUUGGGUCAACCCCCCAGGGAAUAAGGUUGCGUGGGUCGCUGUGGUGGGCGGGUUGGGUACUUAGAGCUGCAGGAUGUGUGGUGCUUCAUCACUAGGCAGGUAUUUGCCCCUAAAACACACCCAGGUAGAUAAAACUAAGGCCUGCUUUUCCCUAAGUAUGUCUGCUAGCAGCAUGCGCCUAAGCUGUGAUGGUGCUUCUGAUCAAAAGUUCUCCUGUCGUUGUUUCUGUGGAGCGGGUCGUGGUAGGAGUGAUGCAGACUGACAGGGGCCGUAAAAAACGAGCUGCAGCUGAAAUGCUGAACCUGUCGGCGCUGGUGCAGAGCAGACAGGACCUGAGCUUUCUCCUUGGAUCACGUCAACAUGUGGUGUCUUUCAGAACCUUUGCAGCCAAAGGUCUGUCCCCUUGCCUGUCCACAAACGGACAGUUAAUAGUGCCAACAGCAUCUGCGUGUGCAGGAAUGAGUUUCAUGGGUAGCUGUGUUUGGUUUUCUUCAGUCAUUCCAGAGAGGAGAAAUUAAGAGCCGUGUUUGCUGUCAGGCGUAACAAUUUAAAGAAUUUCUGUUCUCUGAAGGGAAGGAUCCCCAGUCAAGGUCACUGCAGUAUUUUUUGCAUUUUUAAUACCUUCACCGUUACCAUACCGAUAUCAUUUUUGUUGUAGGUCGGCUGAGACGUCUUUAACAAAUUUUAGAUCAAACGUGUGUGUGAAUAUAUAUUUAUACAUACAUAUAUAUAUUGCUGUAUAUUAUUUGCAUUAAGCAGUUACUCUUCCCCAAUCUUCCUGUGUGAUGGUGUGAAUACAUUAGCUUUACCUACCUGGUGUAAGGAUAUUAAAGAACACUCUCAGAUACUGUCCUCAACAGUUACUUUCUCCAUUCAUAACCCCAAUUUUGAAGAUGAGACCUCAUUUUACCUCUGGUUUGUGUCUUUCCUUACAGCACACUUGUUCCCAUCCCAGUGUCACUGCUGAAGCACAACCCAUCGGUCGAUUAUUCUAAGCAAUGACUGUUUUGCAUACUACCUUGCUUUGUUUAAUUAAUGUUUGUACAGAGAUUUGAAAAUAUAAAGAGCUAUAUCAUU